AUAAGUCGAUAGAUUAAGAGCUUAACUAUUCAGGCAAAGGCUUCCUUAAGCCUCUACACAGAAGGUCACUUUUUAGCCAGACCAGCAUACAAUCUGCUAACCUUAGCUAGCUAUCAAUUGUACAGUCGUUGUGAGUAAAGUCAACAGGUUAAUUCAUCAAGCAAACAUGGAAUGGGCUAAUCAAUUAUGCGAGAACCGACAAUUUGGAUCCAAGAUGACAGACUCCAAGUAUUUCACCACUACCAAAAAAGGAGAGAUCUUUGAGCUGAAAGCUGAGCUAAACAGUGAUAAGAAGGAAAAGAAGAAAGAGGCUGUAAAGAAGGUCAUUGCCUCCAUGACUGUUGGGAAGGAUGUUAGUGCCCUGUUCCCAGACGUGGUCAACUGCAUGCAGACUGACAACCUGGAGCUGAAGAAGCUGGUCUACCUCUACCUGAUGAACUACGCCAAGAGCCAGCCUGACAUGGCCAUCAUGGCCGUCAACACCUUCGUCAAGGACUGUGAGGACCCGAAUCCCCUGAUCCGGGCCCUGGCUGUGCGUACUAUGGGCUGCAUCCGCGUGGACAAGAUCACCGAGUACCUCUGUGAGCCACUGAGGAAGUGUCUGAAGGACGAGGACCCCUACGUGAGGAAGACUGCGGCGGUGUGCGUGGCGAAGCUCCACGACAUCAACGCCCAGCUGGUGGAGGACCAGGGUUUUCUGGACACCCUGAAGGACCUAAUCUCUGACUCUAACCCUAUGGUGGUCGCAAAUGCUGUGGCCGCCCUUUCUGAGAUCGCAGAGUCCCACCCCAACAGCAAUUUGCUCGACCUGAAUCCCCAGUCCAUCAACAAGCUGCUGACGGCCCUCAACGAGUGCACUGAGUGGGGCCAGAUCUUCAUCCUGGACUGCCUGGCCAACUACGCCCCUCGCGAUGACCGCGAGUCCCAAAGUAUCUGUGAGCGGGUCACCCCCCGCCUGUCCCACGCCAACUCUGCAGUGGUCCUGUCGGCCGUCAAGGUUCUGAUGAAGUUCAUGGAGAUGCUCCCUAAGGACCUAGACUACUACGGCACCCUGCUGAAGAAGCUGGCCCCGCCCCUGGUCACCCUGCUGUCUGCAGAGCCUGAGCUGCAGUAUGUGGCCCUCAGGAACAUCAACCUCAUCGUUCAGAAACGGCCGGAGAUUCUGAAGCAUGAGAUGAAGGUGUUCUUUGUAAAGUACAACGACCCCAUCUAUGUCAAGCUGGAGAAACUGGACAUCAUGAUCCGUCUGGCGUCUCAAGCCAACAUUGCCCAGGUGCUGGCGGAGCUGAAGGAGUACGCCACUGAGGUGGAUGUGGACUUUGUUCGGAAGGCCGUCAGAGCCAUCGGCCGCUGUGCCAUCAAAGUGGAGCAAUCAGCAGAGCGCUGUGUGAGCACCCUGCUGGACCUCAUCCAGACCAAGGUCAACUAUGUGGUGCAGGAGGCCAUCGUGGUCAUCAAGGACAUCUUCCGCAAAUACCCCAACAAGUAUGAGAGUGUAAUUGCAACGCUGUGUGAGAAUCUUGACUCCUUGGAUGAGCCAGAGGCCCGGGCAGCCAUGAUCUGGAUCGUAGGAGAGUAUGCUGAGAGGAUCGACAACGCUGACGAACUUCUGGAGAGCUUCUUGGAAGGCUUCCAUGAUGAGAGCACCCAGGUGCAGCUGCAGCUGCUGACAGCCAUAGUGAAACUGUUCCUGAAGAAACCUACUGAGACCCAGGAGCUGGUCCAGCAGGUGCUCAGCCUGGCCACACAGGACUCGGACAACCCAGACCUGCGUGACCGUGGCUACAUCUACUGGCGCCUGCUCUCCACUGACCCCGUGGCUGCCAAGGAGGUGGUGCUGGCCGAGAAGCCCCUGAUCUCGGAGGAGACGGACCUGAUUGAGCCCACCCUGCUGGAGGAGCUCAUCUGCCACAUCGGCACGCUGGCCUCCGUCUACCACAAGCCCCCCAGCGCCUUCGUGGAGGGCAGUCGCGGCGUGAUGCACAAAAGGCUGCCCGCCCGCACUGGAUCAGGAGAGAGUACCGAGAGCCCAGAUGUGGGCACUAUUGCCGGGGGCUCUGGAACUGAGACGGCCCCCUCUAUCAUCCCCUCCCAGGGGGACCUGUUGGGGGACCUGCUCAACCUUGACCUGGCCCCCCCCACCACCACCGGGCCCCCACCCCCCACCUCUGGUAUGCAGAUGGGGGGCAUGGAUCUGCUGGGUGGAGGUCUGGACAGCCUGAUGGGGGAUGAGUCUGAACCGCCCCACAUUCCACCGCGGACGGGCACUCCCCAGUCACCCCGGGCCCUGUCGCCCAUCUACACCCACACUGACUACACCUGCUGUGACUACAGUCACACUGACAGCCCCCCUGACCACAGCCCCCCUGCUGAGCUUGGAGGAGAUAUUGGGGGUAGUGCUGCGAUGGGGGCUGGUUUUGGGGCUGUUCCUGCUGUGAUGCCAGCCUCUCUCAACGCCCCUAUGGGAGGUGGUCUGGGUGACCUGUUUGACCUGGGAGGUGGUGUUGGCAUGCCGUUGGGAGCAUACAUUCCUCCCAAGACCGUGUGGCUUCCAGCCAUGAAGGCUAAAGGUCUAGAGAUCUCUGGGACCUUUGCCCGGCGUGCUGGAGUCAUCCAGAUGGAGCUGACCCUCACCAACAAGGCCAUGAGCGUCAUGACUGACUUCGCCAUCCAAUUCAACAGGAACAGUUUUGGACUAGCCCCUGCUGGGCCUCUCCAGGUCCUCUCUCCUCUUAGCCCAAACCAGACGAUUGAAGUCAGCCUCCCUCUCAGCACUGUCGGGCCAGUCAUGAAGAUGGAGCCUCUCAACAACCUGCAGGUGGCAGUAAAGAACAACAUUGACGUCUUCUACUUCAGCUGCCAAUACCCCAUCAGCAUGCUGUUUGUGGAGGAUGGAAAGAUGGAGCGACAGGUGUUCCUGGCCACAUGGAAGGACAUUCCUAAUGAGAACGAGUCUCAGUUCCAGAUCAAAGACUGUCAUCUUAACUCAGAUGCUGCCAGCAACAAGCUGCAGGCGAGCAACAUCUUCACCAUAGCCAAGCGCACUGUGGAAGGCCAGGACAUGCUCUACAUGUCCAUCAAACUGUCCAAUGGCAUCUGGGUGCUGGCGGAGCUCCGGGUCCAGACGGGAAACCCCAACUACACGGAUUUGGAGAUCUCUGUGAAGUGCAGAGCCCCAGAAGUAUCCCAGUGUGUGUUCCAGUGCUGUGAAGCAGUGCUGAAGAACUGAACUCCUCACUGGGCUGAAGUGGGAGGGGGAGCAACCAGAGGCAUGGAGACUGACCCUGACUGUAUAGAGCUACUUUGGACCCCCAAAGCCCCUGGCCCUGUCCUCUGCUCCCCUUCUUCUUGACCUUCUGAAGGGUCCUUUCACAUAGAAUGUCUAACCCUGCUGUCUGUCAACCUCUCUGAGGGACCUGGUUUCUGUUGGUCCUCCCUGGGGGACCUGGUUUCUGUUGGUCCUCCCUGGGGGACCUGGUUUCUGUUGGUCCUCCCUGGGGGACCUGGUUUCUGUUGGUCCUCCCUGGGGGACCUGGUUUCUGUUGGUCCUCCCUGGGGGACCUGGUUUCUGUUGGUCCUCCCUGGGGGACCUGGUUUCUGUUGGUCCUCCCUGGGGGACCUGGUUUCUGUUGGUCCUCCCUGGGGGACCUGGUUUCUGUUGGUCCUCCCUGGGGGACCUGGUCUCUGUUGGUCCUCCCUGGGGGACCUGGUCUCUGUUGGUCCUCCCUGGGGGACCUGGUCUCUGUUGGUCCUCCCUGGGGGACCUGGUCUCUGUUGGUCCUCCCUGGGGGACGUGGUCUCUGUUGGUCCUCCCUGGGGGACCUGGUCUCUGUUGGUCCUCCCUGGGGGACCUGGUCUCUGUUGGUCCUCCCUGGGGGACCUGGUCUCUGUUGGUCCUCCCUGGGGGACCUGGUCUCUGUUGGUCCUCCCUGGGGGACCUGGUUUCUGUUGGUCCUCCCUGGGGGACCUGGUCUCUGUCUUCUCUCUCUGUCAUCUACUUUUACACCCUUUUGUUCAGAACCUCUGUUUGAUUUCAAAACUGCUGAGGCUUUUGGCCCACAGGUUCCUAAUGCUUUCAAUAGAGCAACUCUUUCACUCAGAGUUCAGACUCUGGCCUUUGUGUUCACUUUGAACCUGUGGUUUUCUGUGAAUAAAAUGUUAUCACCCCACAAACUUUUAAUCGACUGAGACAUAACCUCCUGCUGCUCUCCAGUCCACCCCCCUCCCAUGAGCCUCUAGUCUGAGACUCCUGGGAGGGCUGUUUGACGGGUGUGGUUAGAGGACACUGAGGCUGUAAUGUGAAGGGCUCCUGAUCACGUGACCAUUUCUUGUUUUCCUCUGACUGCCACAUCUGUUCAUGAUUCUCACCUCGUCUCUCUGCAAAUGAGGACCUAUAUUUAGUGUGUGCAAUCAACAGUUCCAUCUCCACUCUCAGUAUACCUUUCGGUGCUUUACAUUUAAAUGUGAUCAUAACGAUUGGUACAUUUCCCUGAUAAACACCUUGUGUUUGUGUUCUGUUACCCAACUCGGCUGUCAAUGUCUCCACUCCCUCUGGUUCCUUUUUUAUUUUUAAAGGGUAUGGGAGUUUCCUGCCAGGAAGUGACACUAACUGCCGUGUGUGUGUGUGUGUGUGUGUGUGUGUGUGUGUGUGUGUGUGUGUGUGUGUGUGUGUGUGUGUGUGUGUGUGUGUGUGUGUGUGUG